AUGACUCUUACCCCAAAGUUGUCGCUGCUGCUGCCACUGCUUUUUCUGCCCCUGCUGUGGGCAGGUGAGUGGGCCAGGGGCGGGGCGGUUGCUGCUGACCUUCGAUUCCCCACAGGGUCCCUGGAUCAGCGUUCAGUGUUCCGGCUGCAAGUGCAGGAGACCGUGAAGGUGCAGGAGGGCCUGUGUGUGCAUGUGCCCUGCAAAUUCUCCCACCCCCGACGAGAAUACACUGACGAUGACCCAGCUUAUGGCUACUGGUUCCAGGAAGGAAGUGAUCACAGCCAGGAUGUUCUAGUGGCCACAAACAACCCCGAUCGAGACGUGCAGGAGGAGACCCAGGGCCGAUUCCACCUCCUCGGGGACCCCCGGGACAACAACUGCUCCCUGGACAUCAGAGAUGCACAGAGAAGGGACUCGAGGACAUACUUCUUUAGGGUGGAGAGAGGGUCUUAUGUGAAAUAUAAUUACCUACAGAACCAGCUCUCCGUGCGUGUGACCGCUCUGACACAGAUACCUGACAUCCACAUCCAGGGGCCCCUAGAAUCUGGCCGCCCCAAGAACAUUACCUGUAGCGUGCUAUGGGCCUGUAAGAGGGGGACACCCCCCACCUUCUCCUGGAUCGGGGUCGCCCUCACCUCCAGGGGCUGCAAGACUCCCCACUCCUCCGUGCUCACCCUCACCCCGAGGCCCCAGGACCACGGCACCAACCUUACUUGUCGAGUGGCCUUCCCCGGAGCUGGUGUGAACACGGAGAGGACCAUCCAGCUCAACGUGUCCUAUGCACCCCAGAACCUGACCAUCAGUGUGUUCCGAAGAGAAGGAACAGGACCUGAGGCUCUAGGCAACGGCUCGUCUCUCCCAGUCCAGGAGGGCCAGCCCCUGCACCUGGUCUGCACCGACGACAGCAACCCUUCUGCUAGGGUGAGCUGGACCCGGGGUAGCCUGACCCUGCAGCCCUCACAACCCUCAAAUCCUGGGGUCCUGGAGUUGCCCCGGGUGGAACUGGGGGACCAUGGGAGAUACGUCUGCAGAGCUCAGCACCUGUUGGGGUCCCUGGAAGCAUCCCUGAGCCUCCUUGUGAAGAACCCCCCGAAGCUGUCUGCUCCCUCCUGCUCCUGGGAGGGCGAGGGGCUGCACUGCAGCUGUUCCUCCCGAGCCCAGCCGGCCCCCACCCUGCGCUGGCGGCUGGGGGAGGGGCUGCUGGAGGGGAACCACAGCAACGCCUCCUGGACCAUCACCUCCAGCUCGGCGGGGCCCUGGGCCAACAGCUCCCUGAGCCUCAGCGGGCCGCUGGGCUCUGGCCUCAGACUCAGCUGCGAGGCCCGGAACGCCCACGGGAAACAGAGCAUGGCUAUCCUGGUGCUGCCAGGUCAGGGAGGGAGACCAGGGCCCAGGACAGGUGUGAUUCAGGGGGCCAUCUGGGGAGCUGGAGUCACAGCCCUGCUUGCUCUCUGUAUCUGCCUUAUCAUCUUCUUCGCAGUGAAGACCUACAGGCAGAAAUCCAACCAGAAAGCAGCGUGCAGGGAUGGCGUCGAUCCAGCCUUGAAUACCGUCUCCCAGGAUCACCUGAGCAAACCCUGGUCAGACAGCCCCUCAGACCCUUUGCCCGCAGCUGGGGCCACCUCUCCCUCUGAGAAGGAGCAGGAGCUCUACUACGCCAGCCUCAGCUUCCACGGGCUGAAACCACACAACUUUCAGGAGCGGGAGACCCCUGAGUAUGCAGAGAUCAAGAUCCAGAAAUGACGACCCCAACCCGCCCCCUGCCUCCAGGAGGGCCAGCUCUGACUGGAGCCUGGACAGGACAUCUCUGAAGAAAUGUAUGUCAGACUCUGAUUCCUUAGAAGUUGACAGCCCUCUGAGCCAAAGUUUAUAAAUGGGAAUGUGACACUCCUUGGAGUGGCUGAAAGUCACAGAUUCCUGUGUUCAAACAUCAGGCAAGCCACUUCACCUCCCCAUGCCUUCCUGUGUUCCUUCCUCUGUAAAAUGGGGGAUAAUAUUCAUUGGGCACAUUGUUCAGUGGGAAAAAAUGCAUCAUUGGCAUUGUUAAGUAUAUCCUUAUGUGUCAAGUCUACCUCAGGAUGGAGGGAGAUAUCAACGUUUGAACAUAUAUUAUUUUGUCUUUUGUUUUCUUUUCUCUUUUUGGGGGGGGAGGUGUCAUGUAUUAUUUUUAAAAGUAAAUCUAUUUCUAAAUGUAACUCUCUGGCAGGAGUAGAUAUUUCUCAAUACAUGUAUCUAACAAACGAUUCAUCCGCAGUGUAAUAAGAAUACAUAAGGAUCUUCCGAAAAUCAGUAAAAAAAAAAAAAAGGCAGACAACCCAAUAAAAAAGAAAUAUUCAGAGGGCCCAUAGGCAUAUAGAAAGGUGGGUAACGUCAGUAGUUGUCAAGGAAAUGUGAGUAAAGACUCCAGUGCUGGGCCACUGAAAGGCCACCACAUUGGCUAAAAUAAUAAAAGCAAUUAUCAAGGGGCACCUGGGUGGCUCAGAUGGUUAAGCGUCUGCCUUCGGCUCAGGUCAUGAUCUCAGGGUCCUGGGAUCGAGUCCCGCAUCGGGCUCCCUGCUCCUUGGGAGCCUGCUUCUCCCUCUGCCUCUCUCUCUGUCUCUCAUGAAUAAAUAAAAAUAAAAAUCUUAAAAAAAAAAAGCAAUUAUCAAGAAUAUCAAGUGUUGAAGACAUUACACUAAGUGAAAUAAGCCAUCACCAAAAGACAAAUACUGCAUGAUUCCAGUUAUACCAAGUAUCUAAAGUAAUCAAAUUCUUUUUUUUUAAAUGUUUUAUUUAUUUAUUCAUGAAAGUCAGAGAGAGAGAGGCAGAGGCAGAGGGAGAAGCAGGCUCCCCGCCUAGCAGGGAGCCCGAUGUGGGACUCGAUCCCAGAACCCUGGGAUCAUGACCUGAGCCGAAGGCAGACGCUUAACCAUCUGAGCCACCCAGGCCCC